CAAGACUCAGAGCCGCGACAACGCAGGAGGCGAGGCAGACAGGAGGGUACAAGCGAGCGCGAGCGCGAGCUAGAGGUAGAAGAUCAACGUCCCUGGCUGGACUUGCAACUCUUUCACACCACACAUCCAUCACACGAUCCACAUAGGUCGAGAAAUUCCGUUUUCCGUGGGAAAAGAAUAUCUGGCAGCCUGGCGACGGGAGUAUGGUGGGACAGCGCUGUGCACACGACUCGUUGCCUGCGACUGCUUCCAUUUCUGUUCCCCGGUCCAUCCCAGUUUCAAAGCGGCCGGCCAGAAACACGACCCUGCGGCGGCGAGACUGGGAAUUUUGGUGUUGGAUGGCAUCGUCGGAUGAGUAGUUCAGAUGAUGACUCAGCCAUCUCCUGCCGAAGGCAUUAUUGCUCCCAUCAGUACUGCCAUAUCGCCCGUCCUCUAUCACGAUCCAAACGCCUCCCCUCCGCCCGAGAAGCUGUUGCCGUCGUUCGUUGCGCCACCGACCGCUCCCUAUGUCCAUCCGCCGCCUCCGCAGCCGAACAAUGCGACGAGCCCGAUCCCGGCCACGACCUCUGGCCCCCACUCUACGCGUGAGCCCAGCAUCACGAGAGGACGCGCACUGAGCGCAACCGCCGCACGAAAUGCAUCGCCCCGCGCCGUUACACCAGUCGCACCCUCAACCCGUUCUCACCACCACAAGCAGAGCGUCGACAUCGAGCGCAAGCCCGCCGUCUCCUAUAGCCACCACCGACAAGCGAGCAUCGUCAAUGGCGUGCAGCACUCGCGAAAUCCCAGCCUGAUGGCUUCGGCGAACAGCAGCCCCUUGAGUCCGACCAAGAUCAUGUCUGCCUCUGCGGCAACGUCGCAGGAUAGCGGCCUCCCUGUGCAUCUGCAGAAGAGUCCAUCAAUGUCGCAGCUUGGUGGAAGUUUGAGCACGGGCAGCAGCCCCGUCAAUGGCGUGGCGAUCAAUAAGAGCUUCGACAGCAUUGUAGGACAUCGCAGACCGGAGAGGAUGCACAGUGGACGCGUGAAGAGGACGCACGAGCACAACCGCUCGCAAUCACGGGCUCAUAGUUCUGCAAGUGGCUCGGAGCCGAAAACUGUGGGAGAAUAUGCGCUGCAUCACUUGUUCACAUCGUUCAUUGCAGAGGCCGAUGAGAGGAUUGAUAGGUGCAUGCAAAAGCCGGGAGAGCCAGAGCCGCGAAUUGAGAACAUCUGCGGUGCUGGUGCCGACCAGGCCUUCGACCAGCUCAUUUCUUCGCUUGGGCACAUCAAUCGACACAAGCCAAACUCUCUCAUUGACUCCGUCAUCCACUGGCGGAAGAAGAAGGCCGACGUGGCCAACAACAUGUACACGGAGCUACGAGCAAUGAGAGAAGCAGCUGGCUUGACUCACAGGACCAUGGCGAGUGGCAACACGUAUGCGACGCCGAUGUCACCUCCGAGCGGACAGGAUGUAUAUCUCAUGGAGCAGAAUGUGCAGAUGGCGGACCGGAGAUCGACAGUAUCAAUAUAUAUCCUCUGCCGAGUGCUCAUCGAGAUUAUUGGACAGACGACGGUGAAGGCGCUCAACGGACCAGACAACACGUACAACACCGCAGGACGGCUGGAGGACGUGAUCUAUGGCCAGCUGCAGAGUGCAGAUCCUGACUUGCUCGCCACGUCAGCUGUCAUUCGCGCGAAUUGGGUCAUCAGAGGACAGUUGCUGGGUGUGAUGAGCGGUAUCAGAUUCGAGCAAGUGGCAGACAGAUUUCUUCGAGAUCUCGAGAACGCGCAGAAACGUCUCGGCGUAAAGGGCGUAGUAGACCACAAAUUGGCUGCAAAAACCGCUCUUCUCGUGCAGAGCAUGCGGUGGCUUAAGGUGCGGUCGCAACCUGAGUCAGAAUGGCUGAAAUCGUGCGAAAUGCUUCAUUUGCUGGCGAAGUUCUUUGCGGAAGUGCACGGGAGGAUGAUGAAGCACGCUUACGCCGAAUUGUUCGAGCAUCUACUGCUUCCCGUCGCCGCCACGGCAACGAGCGAGCUGAACCAUCCCAAGUGGAAGGAAGUGGUCGCUAUAAUACAGCCCAAGAUCACCCAAAUGCUAUCCAAAGCCGACCAUUGGCCAUAUGUGUAUCCGUUGCAGGCUGUGCUGUUGAGCGCCUCGCCUGCGGAGCAGUUCGCAACACAAUGGCUGCCACUGGCCGUCAACUUUCAACCCAAGGCGAGAGACCGAGCCGGACGUUCACAUGCCCUCAAGGCGCUGUGCCGGCUGACUUGGCGGUAUCUGUAUCGAUUCGCGGAUUCGUCCAACGCGAUCGUGCGGAAGCUCGAGGAGAUCGUUAAGAUCGUCCUUCAGGGAGGCAAGAGAGUCCUCAUUUCAACCGACCCUAUGAUCGCGGAUCCUCUCAUACAGCUCAUCCGAAUCAUUGGGUUCAAACAUCAGGACUUUUGCUUCCGCACCAUCAUCUUCCCCCUUAUGAAUGCAGAGCUGUUUUCGGGGUCGUCCUGGGGCGCCGAGAAAGACCUCAAGAUCGAGAACUUGGACCCGGAGAAGACUGUGAUUGCGAUUCGUGCCUUCUUAGCCAUCAUGGCUGAUCUCGAGAAGGGAGAAUGUCCGCCCUUCCCUACUCGCUUUGAAUGCGACUCGCUCGUGGAUCCCUCGACGCGGUCGCCCAUUACCCAUCGAAGAACUCGAUCGCAAGGUUUCGCUGUGUCCGCUGGCCGGACUGAGCGCCUAUCACGGCCUGUAAUGACUACGAAUCUCGAUGAUGUCGCAAAAGAAUACUAUGUCAAGUUUUGCAAGAUGCUUGGUCAACUUACAAUCAUCUGCGAUAAUACCUUUGGCGGUCAGGCCGUCCUGGACGAGAAGUUUGCUUCGCAAACAACGCCUAAGACGCCUAUGGCAGAGGCAUUCAUGUUCAAUAAGAGGGACGAUUUGAUGAACCCAAAUGAUGUACGACAACAUUAUUACGAUCUGCUGCACGUUGCUGUCGAGGCGUUGCCGCGAUGUCUCUCGCCGCACUUGCCAAUCAACUCUCUGGUCAAUCUGCUCUGCACCGGCACCGCGCAUGUACAAUCUCAUAUUGCAACGUCCUCGGCGCAAUCUUUAAAAUCCAUCGCUCGACAGUCACACGCACAGCAGGUGACCAUCGGCUUCGCUCGUUUUAUCUUCAAUUUCGACGAUCGAUACGCCACUGUCUCCGAUGGCAGUCUGCUAGGCCCUGGCCACAUUGAGAGCACACUGAAGUUGUACGUGGAACUGCUGCAAAUAUGGAUCGAUGAUAUCCAACAGCGAACCCGUCAAGUCGUGGCAGAGCCGAAUGAUGAAGAAGAAGGAGUACGACCACUACCCCUGGAUCUGUCAGGCAUACUCGCCCACGUCGACGAAGUAGAGUCACAUGGCCUGUUCUUCCUGUGCUCUCCGUCAAGAGCCGUGAGAGCUGUCGCAGUUAAUGUCCUCAGCCUCAUCACGAAGUUUGACACCGCACUGGGUAAGCCUAGUAAUCGUAUCAUCAGUAUCCUCCAAGGCGGCUCGCAGCAGGUCAUUGAUGUCAACGACGAGCGCUUGUCGCUGGCAGAGAGGAGUCGUUUGCAGAAAGGUCUGCGCAAGAGCAACGUAGGUGGAACCUUGGUCGAUUUGUGCAGCAGCGAUGUGGCGCAUGAUCAGAAUCUCUGGUUCAAAGUCUUCCCGAACCUCAUUCGCCUCAGCUCAGAGAUUUGUCUGCAUGCUGUCGCGUUGACGAGGGAGCUCGUCUGUCAGCGAUUGUCGCACAGCUAUCGUGCUAUUGGUGCGUUGGCCGAGGGCCAAAAGGUCAUAGUCUCUGCACUGGAGCAGACUUUCGCAAACGGUAGGCCGGGCCAGCGACUUCACAUCACGCCACCGGAAGUUAUCAUCGAGCAGUGGAAGAUCCAUCUCAUCUUUGCUUGCACUACAUUGACCAACGUGGGAGGCUCGCCGACGCAUCUACCCAUAUCGAGCCAAGCAUCGCAGCAUGCUCGCAAGAGCUCGAAGUCGUCCGCCACCAGCCAGGAGCGCAUCGCAUCAGCCUCAGAGCUCUUCUCGAGAGUCGUACCGUUCCUGUCCGUGACCAACGCUGCUAUUCGAGAUGCGGCCGUCACUGGUCUGGGCGCCACCAAUGCCACGCUCUUCCAAAGCUUGCUGGAGACGCUGCAGCCAUAUGUCAUGGCAUGCAGUCAGGAAGCCAAAGAACGGAUGGCCUCGCAUCAGCGGACUGUGAGCACGAACGUGAGACGGAGUCGGCGUACUGACUUCCUUAGGACGGAGAUCACCCGCCUACUCAGUCUGACAGCACAUUUGCUCCAAAACCCGAACAUAUCCAGUGAAGAGUACGUGUUGCACUACAUGAUGGAUUACACAAAGCAUCUGCGUAUCUUCUUGAGCGAUGCCGAGAUCCAGAGCGAGCUCGAAUUCCAGAAGCUCCGGACAUACUUCUGCAUUCUCGUCGAAGUCUUGUACGACUGCAUCAGGAAGCUCAAAGAUGGCUCCCAGUGGAUGUCGUUCCAAGCAAGGCAAGCAACGUUUUCGCUCAUGGAGAACUGGUGCGGAUUCUCGCCGAAUGAACCUCAACUACGUCGACAGCAGGACCAUGUGCGUCUCUCCAUUCUGGAACGCGAAGGCGACAUGCGCAGUCGAGGCAUCAUCAAUUCCGCCCUCGAGAAGGAGAAGAACGAAUUGAGCGCGGCCGCGCUGAGCUCGAUGGCUUCACUCUGUGCUGGGCCGCUUCGUUUCGUCGCAGACGGCAAGGUACUCAUGCAAUUCGACAUCCGCCGCAUGCUCUCCUGGAUCAGCGCCAUCUUCGAGGCGCCGAGCGACCGCACACAUGCGCUGGGCCGCAAGGCGUUGCAGAACCUCAUCGUCUACAACACCGAUCAGCCUGCAUUGAUGGCGCAGACGAUGCGCAUGUGCUAUGUGGCGCGAGGCAGUAAAGCCCUUGCGAGUUACUUCGAGGUCGUCACCAAGGUGUUGACCGAGAACACCAGUGUGGCGACGCCGUUCUGGAAGAUCUUAUGUGCUGGCCUGUACACUCUCGGCAAUGAGGAUAACGACAUCCGCAUCAAGUCCGCCAAACUACUGCGUGCGUUGGAAGAGCGCCUCCAAAAGACGUCCAAACUGCAAGAUCUGGACAUCAGUGUUUCGGACAAAACCACUGCUGUAUACAAGCUGGCACAGUUUGAGAUUUCCUGCCGUCUGGCGAGCCAGCACCCGGAGCUUGCAUUCCAUGUCUUUUCCGAGUUCUCGGCAUAUUUCAAUGAAUUACAGCCGGAUCACCAGCGGAACAUGGUGUCUGGUAUGCUGCCAUGGAUUCAAAAGAUCGAAUUGCAACUGGAUCCGAACGGGGGACCGACGGGAACGACAUACAUGCUGCUCGUGAAUCUGUUCGAGAUCACAGUCAAGACCGGCAUCACGCUGCACAACGAGAUCCAGGCACUCUGGCAAGCGCUGGCUACGGGUCCGUACGCAGGCAACGUCCAGCUGGUUCUGGACUUCAUCAUCAACAUCUGCUUGGACAAGAAAGAGCAGAAUUUCGUCAUCUACGCGAAGCAGAUUGUGGUGUUCCUGUCCAAAACGCCUGCUGGUGCAAGGGUGGUCGAAUACUUACUGAUGCAAAUCUCCCCGAGGAACAUGGUUGCAGAGCGACGUAAACCUACACAGGCGCCUCUGGAAACACCCACUCUGCAGCUGCCGUAUGUCGCAGACCUCUCUCAGGUAUUGCCCAGUGGCGCGAAGCAGAAUGGCCUGUCACUUGGCCAGCUGAGCAUGAUUCUGCUGGUUGACUUGGUAGUGUCGCCAUUACAGCUACCAGGUGACAAAGUGCCCACUCUGCUACAAGUCAUCCUAGUGCAAUGGGAUCAGCACAUCAGCAUUGUCCAAGAUCAGGCGCGAGAACUCCUUGUGCACCUCAUCCACGAGCUGGUCAUAUCGAAGAUCGAUCCCGGCGCAACCGAGCCUGAUAAGAAGUCGAUCGAGGAUUUCAUCGAGUCCGUGCGACGACAAGACACUAAGAUUGUUUGGUCGUACACUGACAACGAGGUUCGUGCUGGUGAAGAGAACGAUCGCGCGGUGUCUGAACCCAUGUCAUAUGUGGUCGACGAAGUAGUUCGUAUCUUCUCCAUCACGUAUCCUGGUAUUCGUGAAGAAAUGGGUAAGGUGGCCAUGAACUGGGCAACAUGCUGUGCUGUGCGUCACGUCGCCUGCAGGAGCUUCCAGGUCUUCCGCUGUGUAUCGACCACGCUGGAUCCACACAUGCUGGCGGAUAUGCUUGCAAGGCUGUCAAACACCAUCGCUGAUGAUGAGAACCACGAUUAUCUCAUCUUCUCACUCGAGAUCUUGACGACACUGCGGAGUAUCAUUGACGCGCUCGAGCCUUUGAGCUUGCUGCAGUACCCUCAGCUCUUCUGGACGACUUGUGCCGUUUUAGACACAAUCUUCGAGCGAGAGUUUCAAGAGGGUCUUCAUAUGCUGGAGUUGUUACUCAAGAAAAUGGACCUCAGCGAUCCCGCAGUCCUCAAGAUACUCAAUGACAGCAAACCUGCCAAAUGGGAGGCUGGCUUCCAGGGUGUUCAUGCACUCAUAUACAAAGGUGUGCGCUCGAGCAGCUCGAUGAAUCGCUCUCUGCAGAUCAUGGAGAAACUGGUCAAGCUGCCAUCGAGCGACAUUGUGGGAGAUGACGAUCGACUUUUGUUCACUACACUUGCAAAUUUGCCAAGAUAUCUGCACCACUUCAACGAUGAAAGCGAUCUGACAUGUCGGGAGUCAGCGGACACGCUUGCAUUUGCUGCGGAGAGCCAGGACUAUGUCAACCUCUCUAGAGUCCUGACUGGCUUCUCCGAAGGCAAAUACAGAAGUGACAAGGACUUCCUGAUUCAGUGUAUGCAAGCGCUGCGGACAGCGUUUUUUCCCACCCAGGAGUUCCGCAGUCUGGUGUUCCUGCUUGGUAUGGUCAACAAUGGCUCGUCAUGGUUCAAGGUCCAGACCAUGCGAGUGCUCAACGUGAUGAUACCGGAGAUUGAUAUGCAGAAACCAGAGAUUGCUAGCCAAGGACCAGACCUCAUCUCCCCGCUUCUGCGAUUGUUGCAAACUGAGCAUUGUCAACAAGCACUCGGCGUGCUGGACAACGUGAUUGAUAUGACGGGCACACCGCUUGACAAUAAGCAUCUCCGCAUGAGCAUGGCUGGGUCGCACUCGAGCCGCGCAACGCGCAAAGAGUACGACAGCACCAAGAGCUUAUACGGCAUCCCAGAGGAGUCUGGCUGGUCGAUACCAAUGCCAGCCAUCUACUCUCAGCAGACACGGACCAAUGUGCAUGCCGUUUUCUUGACGCUUACAUUUGCAGGCAUGAAUGGUGCCCAGGAUGCUGAGCCACAGUCAACCCCUGAGAUUGAGUUCCACAGGGAAGAGUACCAAGACUCCUACUUCAUCGAUGGACGCACAUCCACCAUGGUUUCUGACGACACAAGAGUGGUCGAUCCCAACAUUGGCGAGCUGGCCGAGAAGCUCGAUAGCUUGGACGACUUCUUCGACGACGGCGAGUCACCUCAACCAGUGACAAAUGGGCGCCAUAUGGCACGAUAUCCGGUCGACGAGCGUGAACAUCUGUACGAUCAGCAGGCGCUUCCCAUUCUACAUCGCUCGCUGAAGCGAAAUGCGAGUGUCACUUCCUUCCAGACGGGCUUUGCUGAGGCGCGCUAUCAGCCACAACCACCACCAGCGAUCAUGAAUCCGACCGCAUUUGCGCAAUCUGCGCACCCUUCGCCAAUGCAACGACCUGGUUUGCAUAACCGUAGCAUCACAUCGCCGGUGAUGAUGGCUAAGACACCCGUUCGACCGCACUACGACAUGAUGUCUGAUGGUGACGCCGAUGCUGAGCCCUUCUCGGAUGGUGAUGAGGAGCAAAAUAUCAGUAGAGCCCACACGAGUGACGACCACUACCAAUUGAGCCAAUAUACGACGAAACCUGCUGCUGGCACAGGUGGAUUCAAAGCGCUUCGGUCGGGUCUGCGGAGGCUCACUAGUAGUGGCCACAAGGACGCGCGCGAGCUGAUUCGCACGACUGCUCAUCAGAAGCCCAAGGUGCCGAAGAUGCCGGCGCCGUAUGCCACUCUGGAGAGGGCGAAUACUUCGCAAGGGCCGUUCAGUGCUGAGCCGUAGUGCGUGGCAGUCACGUGCGGUGGUCAUGGUCUUUUGAUUAGGAGUUUGGGGAGUUUGGGGACGAAGGAGACGAUGUACAGAGCACGGACUGGCAAGCGCCGUCCGUGUACGAAGAGUGAAUAAAGUGCAUUUGCAUGGCAACCCAUGAAGGGACUGUACAAUAUCGCAUAGAUACCCCCUGUUGACAGGCUCAACGAUUGUUCUCAUUGCGGGUUUAUCAACUAACUUUCACUCUCUCGUGCCUCGUCGUCAUGCUGUGUUGUUGCAGGCGCUCUGGUGCUGUAAUUAUUAUUCCGCGCCACAUCAUCUCAUCGUUGUGAUUAUUCUUACGACACCAUCUCAUUCGUCGUCAUCUUCUUUUCUGUCUGGGUAGUCGUCGUCGUCGUCUUGGUCUUCUUUGUCUGGGUAUCAUGGUCGUCAUCGUCUUCUCUGUCUGGGUAUUCGUCUUACUGCGCCUCUCCUUUCGUCCACUUCUUUUUCUCUGUCAUAGCCGUUCUAGUCCUCUCUCCAUCAUCCUCAUUCUCGUCGUCAUUGUCGUCAUCGUUCCCCUGGAGCAAGGAGAGACCAGCGGCGGGAUCAAUCAGAGUGGGUUAACCGCAGCGUGCAUCAUGGACGUCAACUCCACAAGACCCACCCACUUCCACACCUCCCCCUCACCGUCCUCGGAUGGCACAGUCUCUCGGAAUUUCAUAACGCUCUGGUCUGCAAAAAUUUCUCUGGGAAACGCAACGGGGUUCGGCCACUGGUUCAUCUGUACCAGGGCAUGGUAGUCGGUACUGAGCUCGAAAUGGCGCCUCCCUGACGCCGGAAACCACGCACUGUUAACUGGGCUCCUAGUGAUGUGGAUUGUGCGGAUAUGGGGGAGGUGCCCUGGAGGGAUACUCCAAAGCCAUCGAAGGAGGAGUAAUCUAUCUGAAUCGCCAGGUAGCUCGAAUACUGUGUUCGCGUAGUAGGCUUGGACAGCUUGCACCCUCGUGGCGCGGUUGAUGUGAAGUUGUCCUGGGGGCCGCAUGCCCUGCUGUAUUCUUACGACAGUUCCUGGGACGAAUGAUGUUGCUGUAAAAUUCAGGAUCAUCGUCUGUAGUUCAGCGGCGGUGGCUUGGAUCGCAGCAUCGAGGGACAUGAUGUCGUUAUGAUUGUGGUGCAGCUAUGGUGAUCGAUGGCUUAUGAAGGGAUUGCUGAAGUGGAAGAGGAGUGGUAGGAGGUUGUCAUGGGAGGUGAAGGCCGCAAGUUGCUAGCGGGCCAACCACGGCACCUCUCGACAGCGAGCAAACAAAUCUCUCUCUCGAGUCAUAACAUCAAGGGCAUGCAAAGCCCACUUGUUUGGGGACAGCGCCAGUAUGGACAUCUAGCAGAGCCAGAGUGCUCCCAUGGACUCCUACUGUCUUCGCUGGAUCGAUCACCAACGUCACCUAGGGUAGGCAGACUGUGAAAGUUGAACUCCUUACCCUCCAGCAGUGUCUUUCCAACUCACGAGACCAACAACAGCCACGAAACAGUGAGGACCCGAUACGCAUGGUGACCAUUCUUCGCCAUCACACGGCGCGUCCAUGUUGAGAGCUGGAGCUCAAAUGGAGCGUUGUCCAUGGCUCGAACAGCGAUUCGUCCUA